UUUCACUUUCUUUCUCCUUUCAAUUAAAAAUAAAAGUAAAAUCCUAAUUUUCUUAAAUCCCGAAUCCCUAAUUCCUAUCACAGCCCACCAAUCAUCUAUCCUCCUCGCCACACUAGUCAUCUCUUCAGCCACCGAAACUGCCGUCUCUUCGUCGCCACAAGACGUAGCCAGUCACCUCCAAGCGACCGCCAGCGCCACAUCUUCUGCAGUCACCUCAGAUCAUCGCGUCAGGUUCUGUGGUGGUAAAUAGAAACUCUAGUUGAUUGCGUUUUGAAAUGUUUAUUAUAUAUGAUAAUGGAUGCUAAGGCCUUGGCAAAAUCAAAGAGAGCUCACUCUCAACACCACAAACAUAAAUCUCAUCCGAAUCAGAAAUCUAAAGCCCCAUCAGUCAGUUCUGAUAAUGCUGGAAGCACAACUAAGCCAACAGGAAAGCAGGUUGGGGAGAAAAACCCACAGGUCCAGCGUAUAUCUAGACUUCCUUCGAACUGGAAUCGGUAUGAAGAGGAUUUUGAUUUGGAUGGAGAAGAUCUCUCAGGUGAUAGCACUCGUGUUACCUCUGAUGUUGUUGUGCCAAAAAGCAAAGGGGCAGACUACACUUACCUCAUUGCAGAGGCUCAGUCACAAUCAUAUUGUUAUUCAGAUAGCUUUCCUUCUUUAGAAGAUGUUAUCCCUGGAGGCUUCAUCGAGGGAGUUGGCUCUAUGCUUUCGGUUAGGGGGGAGGGCAUUUUAUCAUGGAUUGGGGAGGAUAACUUCAUUGUGGAUGAUAAAAAAACUUCAGUUCAAGAGGCAUCGUUUCUCUCCUUAAAUUUGAAUGCUCUUGCAGAACAGCUAGCAAAAGUAGACCUGUCACAGAGGCUGUUUAUUGAAGCGGAUUUGCUGCCAUCAGAGCAGGGAGCACAGGGAUCAUUGAUGAGAAUCGAUGAUGAUCGUGGCCAGUUUCAAACAACUCUUGAAAGUGAAGCAGCUGCAGAUAUGUCUGAAGAUGUAGGUUUCAAUGAUUUAUCUGAGAAGGUUGAAGAUACAGAUACUGAAUUUACUUCAUUUAGUUCUCACACUUAUCACAAAGAUGCAACAUUUCAUAGUGGGGGCCCUGAAUUGGCCAAUCAAGUUAAAGAUGGUUUGGAUUCCAGUUAUUUUGAUAAAUCUAUGGAGAGCAGAGUAAUGGAGUCCACAGUAAAAUUUGAAGCAGCAGCUGCUGAAGCAGAACUAGAUAUGCUCCUUGAUUCAUGUAGUGAUGCCAAAUUUAUCGAUUCCUCAGGCUACAAACCCAAUCACAACUUCACUAAGUCCCAACAAGCAAGUUCCACGGUUCCACCACAAUCUUCAGGACAUCCAGUUACUGCCAGUUUUGAUGAUGUACUCGAUGAUUUAUUACAGGAAUCAUCAAAUUUGAUGAACCAGCCCCAGGAUGUGAAGGUUGUUCCUCGCGAUACUCAAUCUUCUUCUUACUCUGUUACAAAGUCUAAACCAUUGCAACUUUCGGGGAAUCCAGUAACGACCAGUUUUGAUGAUGUACUUGAUGAUUUAUUACAGGAAUCAUCAAAUGUUACUCAUGACACACAGUCUUCAUCUCACUCUGUUACAAAGUCUAAAGUGUUGGAUGAUUUUGAUUCAUGGUUAGAUACAAUUUGAACGGUGUUGUUUUCUGUUCAAAUCCUUCACUCAUGUACCAUAAUUGCCCCACUCAUGAGAUGACAACUUUUGACGGGCUUGUGUUUUUUCAUUUUAAUAGAUUAUGCGGAAACAUGGGACAGAUCGCCAAUCUUAUAAAGGUUGGUUAACUGAGAUACAAUAGAAAUUUGAUUCUUACA